UGGGGGGCAAAAAUGAGCUCUGGUGCUCGGGUGCUUUCUAGCUCUGUCUCUUCCUGUUUCUCUGCUUUGUGUUUACCUUCUAACGUCUGUCAGAGGCAGAUGGUCCGGUGUGUGUGUGUGUGUGUGUGUGUGUGUGUGUGUGUGUGUGUGUGUGUGUGUGGGGUGGGGGGGUUCUGUAGUCCUGGUUCUGUAGUGCUGGUUCUGUAGUCCUGGUUCUGCUGUCCUGGUUCUGUGCGCUGCUUUAGUUCUUCCUCCUGUCGUAGCUUCGCUCUGCAGGCUCUUGCUUCUAAUUAAUGUGGUUACUGUGGUGGGGCUCGCUUGCUUGUGAUUUGUGGAGAUUAAAUCAGAAGCUCACCUCAGGCCAGCUGUCACUGCUCAAUAACACCUGACUCACCCUCAAAAUACACACCUGGACGACCCAGUUACACCUGACUACUAAACCUCCUGUUACACCUGACGACUAAACCUCCUGUUAGACCUGACGACUAAACCUCCUGUUACACCUGACGACUAAACCUCCAGUAACACCUGACGACUAAACCUCCAGUAACACCUGACGACUAAACCUCCUGUUACACCUGACGACUAAACCUCCAGUUACACCUGACGACUAAACCUCCUGUUACACCUGACGACUAAACCUCCAGUAACACCUGACGACUAAACCUCCAGUAACACCUGACGACUAAACCUCCUGUUACACCUGACGACUAAACCUCCUGUUACACCUGACGACUAAACCUCCAGUAACACCUGACGACUAAACCUCCAGUAACACCUGACGACUAAACCUCCUGUUACACCUGACGACUCGACGACUAAACCUCCAGUAACACCUGCCGACUAAACCUCCAGUAACACCUGACGACUAAACCUCCAGUAACACCUGACGACUAAACCUCCAGUAACGCCUGAACCUCCAUCUAACUUUUAAUGGACUCCAGCUGCUAACCUCCAUCAGAAGCAUGUGAUGGAGUCAGCAUGACGUUAGGAGAGGAUCUCAGCAGCAGUGUGAGCACAGACACGGGGUUCUGCUCCGUCCCCCCACUGCCCUCUGACGCCUCUGAGCUGUGUGACCUCCAGGACCCUCAGGAGGACCCUAACCCUGACCCCCCUCCCCCGCCAGCCACAGACACACCCCCAGGGUCGCUGUAUGAGGAGGACCCCCCCAUAGUGCUGCAGGUCCUCCCGGAGACUCAGCCAGACCCAGAUCCUGAUCCAGACCCGGACCCCGACAGCACCUUUGGGUGGGAAGAGGACGUGACGCUGGCUCUGAAGGAGCUGGACGAUCGCUGUGAGGAGGAGGGGGGCGACCUCUCAGACAUGUCCAGUCAGGAUGAAGGUGACGCAGACUGCUUCCCCCAGACCUCCCCCCCCCCUUCGCCCUUUCUCUCUGCCAUCCUCGCCGCCUUCCAGCCGGUCGCCUACGAGAGCGAGGAGGAGGCGUGGCGUUGCCAUGUCAACCAGAUGCUGUCGGACACGGACGGCUCCUCUGCCGUUUACACCUUCCACGUGUUCUCCAGACUCUUCCAGAACAUGCAGAAGAAGUUCAGCUCCAUCACCCACUCCUCCGUGAGGUUCCUGGGGGAGGACCUUCAGCGGAUGGGGAACCAGUUCCUGAGUUCUCUGGAGGUGAUGACGUCUCGCUCGCAGUGUCCCACAGUGCUGCUGGACGCAGAGACGCUGGUCUCUUGUGGCCUGUUGGAGACUCUGAAGUUUAGUGUGCUGGAGUUACAGGAACACCUGGACACCUACAACGCCAAGAGGGAGGCGGCCGAGCAGUGGCUGGAGAACUGCAAGAAAACCUUUGGAGACAAAGAGAGCAACCGGAGAGCCGACACUCACACACAGCAAAUGGAGAAUCUAGCA